AUUUUCUUUUUUCGGGUCAGUGAUUAUCCAUGACUAUCCAAGCAAUCGGCGGUUUGGUGGGGCGUGGAGAUGAUGUGGUUGUGAAGGUGCGAGAAGAACCAUGGCUGACCUUCUGAAAGGAACACAUAACACGGAAGAAACCACAAUUUCCAACGAUAUCGACGAGCUCUUCCCGAAGUGCAGGGUAAAGCCCGCGAAAUCGCAGGACCGAUAUCGCAACAACAAUGGCCCUAUGUUCAUCCGCAGUAACGGAAGCGCUGUCGACCUGUUGAUGUCUCCGAAUAACAACACAUCCGUGCUGCCGUGCUAUAGCGAAAGUCAGGAUCGUAGAAUCAUGUUUCAGGAGGGAGAUGAGGACUUGUUGGGCCUGGAUUCGCCAAGCAGCCGCAAGGACUCCUUUUCAGAAUCCGGUGGUUCGGGUGGCAGUUGCGCGGAAGAUCUGCGCAAACCCGAGGCAAAAUGGGUAGAAGCUGGUGCCAAAGAAGUCUUUAGUCAAAGUAGAGCCAGAGCUGGCAGGAAGAGAUCCGGCGACGACUGGGGCAAGAAAAUAAAACGAGUUGAUGCCGAAACGACGUGUCGACCAGUGAAAGUAUACAAGGAAACGGUAUUCGCGAGUGAAAUUCAGACGCUAGAAAAUACGUACCGCCCCUGUGCAGAUCCUGAUGUGACCGUUUUAGACUCGGGAAAAACUCGUUCAUAUCAGUCGUCGCCAGAAGAAAAUCGUACAUUUGACGAAAUCGGGGAGUAUCCGCGUUCUAGAUUGGAUACGUUGUCUGGGUCGACCGUUAAAAAUUUGGCGGAAUCGCUGCUUAUGAUGUCGCCUGCAAGCACCCAAAUUGGUGAUCCUGACGCCGGAAAUACCUCUGACGAUAGCAUGCCAUCGUCUACGAUGCCUUAUGCUUGCUUAUCCACUGUCACUGACGCGGGAAGACCUGCGUUGCCCAAUUGGAACUCAAGUGGCAGCCCAGAAACCAAUUCUCCCACUUCUAGUCCCGUUGCUUGCGUAAUUGGUUCUGUCCCCAUAGCGAAAUACGAAGGUUCACCUCGAAGGUUGGGCGCCAGACAUCGUGCAUCUCCAGCUAUCCCCGGGUUCGGCAAUUAUUUGCCGAAACCAGGCCAUCCGCAACGCAUACUUGCUCAAGUAGACGUACUUGGCGGCUUGGACCAAAAUACUGCGGAGAAAGGGGAACUGAAGGAUACCAAAAUCGACACAACGCUUACCCCUGUAAAAGAUGAGAUGGAACUCGGCCGGGAAUCACUAUCGGCCAUCAUUCCAGAAUUGGGUCAAGUGCUCAAGCCCAAAGAGGACGCACCAUUUGCGCAUCAGCCAUCUCCUGAGUCGGUGUACGAAUUUUCAGAAACUAGGAAAGUUUUGGAGGAGUUUUUUGGCGGUGCUCAUCCGUCGAUUAUGAGCUUGUCGAAGGAUGAACAGAAAGCGAGCAGGGCUGGCUCUAAUGCUGGACGACGUUCUCAACGCGAUAGCGACGAAGCUAUAAAAACGAGUUCCAAUAACGAAACCCGCAAUCAAGCUCGAAGUUCGGUCCGUCGUGUGAAGAUGAACAAUAACGGCUACGCAAUGAAUCUCAUCAUUCGACCAAAUACUUCCUCACCUUCCUCGUCGUUAUCCGUUGAUCAAGAAACGCUGUCCACGGAAGAUUUCGGAGAGACUGAGAUUGGCAUUCGGGUGGAAGAGAGUCGGAACUUCACGCUGUCACCGGAGACGACAGAGUGCGAGGAUCCGAGUGAUCUCGAGAGUUUCGUGUGCGAGGAUCCGGAGCAGCCCGACAGCGAGGAAGGUAGCCGCGUGUCGUCCGUCGAAGGUUCGGGCAAAGCGGAGAGCACUAAAAGCGGCGCCGUGGGGGUGAUGCCCGUGCUGGAGGAUGGCUUGUCCUCAGGUGAUGAAGGCCGGCCGGAUGAGCCCGACCUGAUCAAUGCCGGCGAUGACUUCUGCGUCUCCAAGAUGAACGGCGAUCGUAUGGUGGAAGAGUUCUUGCGGGGAAAUACCAGUUCUGGAGGGUUGCUGGGUCUGGCUGGAAGGAUUCAAGCCGAGCCCCAGAGCUCGCCGACGCGGGCGGCGAUCCAGCGGGAAAUGCGCGCCCUUGAACACGAGCUACAGGCGCGCGCGCGAGCCCGAGCCAGGGCUCUGCGGAAGCACCGCCGAGCCUCACCGAAGUCCGACCUGGACCAGCCGACUAUGGAUUAUCGGGAUUCUGUUUCGCAUGCUCUUCCAGCGCUUGGCACGCAACGGAAUUCUAAGGCUGACGCAAUCAUUAUUAUGAUGGCAUAUCCGUUGAGACAAUUAGGGCGGCACAUUACGGCUAAAGUUAGGUGGAAAUUGAGGGGCCGACUUCGUCCGGCAAUUUCGAGUCUGGAUGCCCUGGGUGUGAAAAUAGGAGCUUCAUUCACUGAAGAAUUGUCCCGAAGCUACUCUCGCAUUUCAUCGUUCCCGGCUCGUAAGAGAGACGCUGAGCGAUGUCGGCCAAAGUAG